AUGGCGGAGUUUAUCAGUGUCACGUUUCCGAACGCCUCUACCGAGAUCAAUCCCAUUGCCAAAGCCUCUAUUGAUCCCGAGUAUCUCGUUCGCUACGCUCGCAACCUUGAUGAUUACGGUUAUAACUACACACUGGUUCCCUAUGGCUCCGCACUUUAUGACCCAUUCACCAUUGGAGCCACCAUCCUGGCUGUGACCAAAAACGUCAAGGUCAUCAUUGCUCUGCGACCCAACACACUGUACCCUACAGUGGCAGCAAAGGCACUGGCUACACUCGAUCAGCUCAGCCGCGGUCGCGUCGUUGUUCACUUCAUUGCCGGUGGAAGUGACGCAGAACAGGCGAAAGAAGGUGACUUCCUCAGCAAGGAUGAACGCUACGGCCGCCUGGAAGAUUACAUUAAAAUUCUCCGCCGUGCAUGGAAGUCCGAUGAACCAUUUGACUGGGACAGCAAAUACUACACCUUCAAGCAAUUCAGCAAUCAAGUUCGACUGACCGGCGACUCCAUCCCCGUCUCAGUCGGUGGCUCAUCGCCCGAAGCGUACCGCAUUGGAGGCUCCCUUGCUGAUAUCUUUGGGCUUUGGGGUGAACCUUUGAAAGAAACCAAGGAGCAAAUUGAACGCAUCUAUGCCGAGGCAGCAAAAGCCGGCCGUCCCGAGUCGGACAGACCUCGGAUCUGGGUGACUUUCCGCCCUAUUGUCGCAGAGACUGAAGAUCUUGCCUGGGCCAAGGCCCACCGAACCCUUGAUGCACUGAAUUCCAACCGAGCGAAUGGGCAAAGUAGAGUCCCCGUGAACGCGCCGCCCCCACAGAAUGUGGGCUCUCGGCGUCUUCUUGAUAUUGCCACUCGUGGGGAGGUCCAGGACCGCGCACUUUGGUAUCCCACUGUGACCGCAACAAAUGCACAGGGUGCCUCGACUGCCUUGGUUGGAUCGCCCCAAACUAUCGUCGAUUCCCUCAUUGACUAUGUUGAUCUUGGCGCCGAUCUCAUCUCCAUCCGCGGCUACGAUAAUCUGAACGAUGCCAUUGAUUAUGGACGAUACAUUCUUCCCAAGGUUCGUGAAACAUUAAAGGAACGGGAGAACGAUGCUUCAAAAUAA